CGUUUUUCCGUUGAUAUAUUCGCCGCUUGUUCCCGCCUAAUUGCCCGUGGUCGCCGUAUCUUGUUGUCUUCGUUUGCUGUCAUUCUUUGAUUUUUUAACAGUCGUUUGAAGGUCAGGAUGAAAGUCGAGCUGGAAGCGCGUCAACAACAGGGAGGACAGCCUCAGUCCCAGAGUCAAUCCCAAUCUCAAUCCCAAUCGCUGUCUCAAACUCAGUCUGGAUCCACCGUGUCAGGUUCACAGUCGCAGACUGCGUCGGGCACUGCUUCCUCGUUUCUAUCCAUCCCCCAAUCAGCUCCUGCAGGGCUUCUUACCAUCACCCAGCCGCCCCAGCAGUCGACUUCUUAUUUCAAGAUUGCUCAGAACCAGUUCAUCACGUUUGGAUGGAAUUUCAGCUACAUCUUAGCCACCCCCACUCACCUGACCGUUUCCGCUGUCUGCGAGAACGGAAACACGUACCCCGUUGGUCCAACGAAUGGGAUUAUUCCCGGAACUGCCACUAGCGUUGUUUGGGACCCAUACACCUACCAAACCAGCCAUCCCAACCUGCCGCUUGCUCAGGCAAAAUACACUCUCGAAAUUUGGGCAGACGGAGGGCCUGAUGCUGUACGCGAGCCGGGUGUGCUCACGCCCAACAGCGCGCUGCAAUUUGCGUUGUAUACGCCGCAGGCUUAUACUCCUAUCACCAGCGGCUGGUCUUGUGCAGGUUGUUCUAGCGCUAUUUCGCAGCACAUUGUCCACCCCACAUUCAUUGCCCUCAUCGCUACCUUAAUGGUGAUGUUCAUCUCUGGCUCGGCUCUCUUGCGGCGAAUAUAGGACACGUUGUCAAUGCACGUUCAGCGGCUCGUUGCAUUCCAGUUUCUUGUUUUUUUUUUUCAUGUUUAAGAGACACUGUCGGUCACAUCACCAGCCUCGCGUUCAUGAACAGUCGAUACGGACCUUUGAUUACAGAAACUUUUGGCAUUAUGGACAAAUUUUGUUAUCUUUAACUCAUAUGAGUAUAUCAGUUCGUAAUACACCUUUGAUUCGUUUUGUGGAUUACACAGACUGAUUUCUACGUCAUUGCGUUAACCUUUGAUCGCCGAUCGCAACCGUAUUUUAUCUUGCAGCAGCAGGUAAAAAUAAUAUCAC